AGCUCCUCCCUCAACAAAGGUGAUGUCAUCUACCCUUUAUAAUCACCUCUUAAGCAGGUGUUCAAAAGCUGCCUACACUACUCUGCUUCAUUUUCCUCUCUGAUCUAAACACCAGCAGUCCAUACAGAGAAACACGGGUGUCUAACAGCAUGAAGUGCCUAAACAACCGGGCCGACAGCCACCUGACCGGACAGGUGGAGUGCGAGUUGGAAAGCAUGGGCAACGGGGCCUGGGUGAACCAGGGCUUCUGUGGCUCUCCUCCGCCCCUGCCCCGAGCUGUCAGCACCAUCUACAAUCCCCAACCCCUCUUCCAGGGCUCCGUGGACAGCAUGUACAAACUGGACAACCCCGGCCCAUUCCCACAGGAACCACCAUCCACUGAACAAAGCCUGGUGAAGAAACAGAAAGGCUGCUGCUCUUUUAUCAAAGGCUUGUGGGGCACAACAUUGACUGAAAACACCUCAAACAACAGGGAACUGUUUGUCCGAACCACGCUACGAGAGUUACUGGUCUACCUGGUGUUCCUGGUGGAUAUAUGCCUCUUGACAUACGGUAUGACCAGUUCAAGCACCUACUAUUAUACUAAAGCCAUGACGGACCUGUUUGUGAACACAGCCGGUGAAAGUGGGGUUAGGUUUCAGUCCAUUAGCACCAUGGCUGACUUCUGGACUUACGCCCAGGGCCCAUUACUGGACGGCCUCUACUGGACUAAAUGGUACAAUAACGAGUCCCUGGACAGAGGAGACCAGUCCUUCAUCUACUAUGAGAACAUGUUGCUGGGAGUCCCCAGAAUGAGGCAGAUCAAGAUCAUGAACAACUCCUGCAAGGUCCACAAGGACUUCAAAGAUGAGAUCACAGGAUGUUUCGAUGUUUACAGUGAGAAGAAGGAGGAUGACCUUAGCUUCGGUCUCAUCAAUGGCACUGCCUGGACCUACCACACAGAGAAAGAAAUCAAAGGUUCCUCUCACUGGGGCUUGCUGACCACAUACAGUGGAGCGGGAUACUAUCAAGACCUGAGUCAGACCAAAGAGGACAGCACCAUCAUACUGACGGAACUGAUGGACAAUCUGUGGCUUGACCGAGGAACCAGAGCAGCCUUCAUUGACUUCUCCACUUACAACGCAAACAUCAACAUGUUCUGUGUCAUCAGGUUGGUGGUUGAAUUCCCGGCAACUGGCGGAGCGAUCCCUUCCUAUCAGAUAAGAACAGUCAAACUGAUUCGCUAUAUCACCCACUGGGAUUACUUCAUCCUCGGCUGCGAGAUGGUCUUCUGUUUAUUCAUCCUCUAUUAUGUUGUGGAGGAGAUUCUUGAGCUGCGAAUACACAAGUUCUCCUAUUUCAAAAGCAUCUGGAACAUACUGGAUAUUGUUAUCAUAAUGCUCGCCAUAGUUGCCAUUGUAUUCAAUAUUUUCCGAACCGUCAAAGUGGACAAAUUGCUUGGCAAACUGCUGGAACAACCUGGUAUCUACGCUGAUUUUGAAUUUCUGGCCUUCUGGCAAACACAGUACAACAACAUGAAUGCAGUGAACUUGUUCUUUGCGUGGAUCAAGGUUUUCAAGUACAUCAGUUUUAACAAGACCAUGACUCAGCUGUCCUCCACACUGGGUCGAUGUGCUAAAGAUAUCUUGGGCUUCGCCAUCAUGUUCUUUAUUGUGUUCUUCGCCUAUGCUCAACUUGGAUAUUUGCUCUUUGGGACAGAGGUUGAAUCUUUCAGCACCUUCGUCAAGUGCAUCUUCACACAGUUCAGGAUUAUUCUCGGAGACUUUGAUUACGAUGCCAUCGACCGUGCUAACAGAGUUCUUGGGCCAAUCUACUUUGUCACCUAUGUGUUCUUCGUUUUCUUUGUUCUACUGAACAUGUUUCUGGCCAUCAUAAAUGACACGUAUUCUGAGGUUAAGGAGGAGCUCUCAUCCCAAAAAGACGAGCUACAGAUUACUGACAUCAUCAAACAGAGCUAUAUGAAGACUUUUACGAAGUUGAAACUUAAAAAGGAGAAAAUAUCCGAUGUUCAGAAAGCGCUACGAUCUGGAUCUGGAGAAAUUGAAUUCAAGGACUUUAGAGAAACUCUGAAAGAGAUGGGACAUGCUGAUCAUGAAAUUUCUGCAGCCUUCUCACGGUUUGACCGUGAUGGGAACCAAAUUCUAGAUGAAGAUGAACAAGACAAGAUGAAAAUCGAGCUGGAAGAAAAAAGGGAUGCUCUUUGCGCUGAACUCAACAAUCUUGGAAUGACUUAUGGGAAAGAAUUACUAGAGAAGCCUCGUUUAACAUCUGAGGAGCAGAACCACCACUCCAGUCAUACAUUUGUAGAUCGGGAACAGUUUAUAAAACUGGCCAGACAGGUUCUCCACCUUGAAAGCUCUGUGGCAGGCAUCACAUCCAGGAUUGAGUUGAUUAUGGAGAAACUGGGAAUACAAGACAAAGCUGUAGGGGACGAAACGGCAGAGAAACUCACUGUGACCAAUAGUGAUAGUGAUGAAACUGCCACAGAUGGGAGCGUCCUGGUUUGUGUGGACAGAGGGACGAAGGCUGUGAUGUCAUCAAGGAAAAAUGCAGUUCGAACCAAUGCCACAUAUGACUGUCAUAUGUGAUUAACCUCUGAGAAGCAGAAUCAUAGGUUAUCUGGAAGUCAGCUGACACAUGAACGGGUCACACACCAACAAUAUUUUGUGCUUCACAACUUUCCAAUGUUCAAAGUCUGUUCAAUGAAAGGAUUCUUCAGGUUGAAAACAAAUAGGCGGUCAGAUCAACAAUAAACUACUGACAGUAUGACAUGGCAAUAUGCAACACUUUGCUUCAGCUGUUACUAAGUUACAGCCACUCAUUUCAUGGAAAUAUGUAAAUACUGUAUAAAUACGUUUUUGAAAUUCUUUGCUUACUAGGUGACUGCACUAGAGCUAAUAUAAUAAACUGGUUAAAGUUUAAGCUCAGAUAUAUACAAUGUAUGUUGUAGAUGAGACCUGAAUGUAAAUCUACAUGUUAUUAGUGUUGUGUAAUACAAAUGUAUUUCAACAGUAGGUUAGAAAAAUAAAGUUGUGCAAUAUAAUCCAAUAUUAGGCAGUGCAUAUGCCACCUAACGUCUGACUAGGUGAAUGCUUGCUUUGCUUUAGCCAUUUCAUGUUUAUGAAUGUUCAAGUUCUAUUACAGUGUCUCAAAAGCUCUCAGCCCCUUGACUUGUUUGCAGUUUAGUGAGAUGUAUUUACAAAAUCUUUUUUUUAUCUUUAUAUGUAAUACAUGGUUCAAUAAUUAUUCAUCAACUUUGCCUACUUCCUGAGCUGCCAACACUUCAUGUGUAACAGAGCCACCAAGUGAUCAAUGGCAGCGUCUACGGCACCGUCAUUAAAAACAUAUUUCCAAAAUACAAAAUAAUUGGAUCUGGGAUGUAUUAUCCCAGUGGACUGGAUGUUUUAAAAAAAUGUGUUUGUCAUAAUUCAGGUUUCAUACUACCCAACAUUACUGCAAACAAAAAGGAUAAAAAAGGUCAAAAUACUUGCUGCUGGGCACCCCAGUAGUUCACCUGGUAGAGCGCGUACCAUUAAGACUGGAUCUGUACCGCAGCGGCCCGGGUUCGAUUCCAACAUACGGCCCCUUUGCUUCAUGUCAUCCCCUCUCGCUCUCCUGCCUUCCCUGUCUAUCUCUGCAGCUGUCACAGUCAAAUAAAGGCAAAAAAUGCCCUAAUUUAAAAAAAAAAAUUAAAAAAAAUUAAGCGGUGACUCCCUACCUGUUAAGCUGUUAAGUCCAAAUACAGUAUGUGUCCAUUCCUUGUUAUUUACUAUUUUCCAUCAUUGCUAAGCAAGAGUUUUGUGCGAAAGGAAUCAAAGGUCUGUCCCAAAUAUAGGCAGGUUGAGUUCAGUGACUGAAGCAAAUAAAAGCCCAAGCUAUUAAUUUAAGUUUUACGGUAAAUAUGUAAUUUACUGCGACUGGUAGAAUUGCUGAAAAGACAAUUUUAACAUUGAAUGUAUACUUUGCUGUCAGAAUUUCUGUUCUGAAUUCUGUGUCUAAUAAAUGUACUGAACGACCAGGUUCGAAUGUUUCUUUAUUAGAAGUGACUUUUUCCGUUUAUAUGGAAAAUUGAUUUCAUCCUUUAUUAUUACAAAUCACUUCUGUAGUUCAACUUAGAUGUAUUACUGUCAAAAGCAAAUUUCCAUUACAUUCAGUAUUUUAGGCAACAAAUAUAUUACAUGUCAUAAGCGUGCAGUUCAAGCUGAAACAUCACCUGCUUCCUGCAACUUUCUGAAAAUGGCACACAAACUUAAAAAUGGGAAAAUCCACAUUGGAAAAGAAUUUAGAUUUGUAAUGGAGCCUCUGCAAAUAACACAAAGUUUGAAUUUACUAAAACAUCAAUUAAGGCUUAUUCAUAAAUUAUAUUACUGAAAUGUAAUGAUGGCAUUUCAUUUUAUAACAUUCUACCUAGAGUAUGUACAUUAUUUAUUCAGUUUCAUGAAGGUUUGUGAUCAAGGUUUCUAUUUACACUCUCAGCCAACAUGACCCUGUUUAGUUACACGAACACCCCCCGACUCUAAUAAACAAACAAACAAAAAUAUUAUUAGUUUGUUGGCUAGUACAACAGGAAAAGGAGAGUGAGCUUACAAGGAGUGUAAUACACUGUACAGAAUGGCACAUAUGCAAAUAAAAUCCAAAUGGCAGGACAUCAUUGUGAAAUCCUCUUGUCACAAUUUGCCAGUGAUUUUUUAAAUAGUUACCUGCAAUAUAUGAUAAUAUUGUGCAAAUACUGAGAAAAUUCUGAAUACACUAAGGGGCAGAAAAUGUGCCCGGUGCCCUGACAAAUCAAUAGCAUAUUUAGGAAACCUUCCACUUUCAAUGGAACAAAAAUAAAAUAAAACAAUCCCAAUUUAUAGUAAGCCUAAAACUUUAGACAAUUUGUCUUUGCACAAGUGGGUGACUAAAGUACAGCAUUUUGAAAGAUGUAAAACAUGAUGCAAUAUGAUUAGGGGCUGGUUUUGGUGCUAAAUUAUGUCUAAGGUUCUUCGCAAACACUCACAAACAUUAGAAAGAAAUGACUAUAAAUUAACUAAGGUUAUUAAGAGGAAGGAAGGAGGAAGAAAAUACUUAAGAUUCAAUAUUUUUUAUAGGAAAC